AUGGAAAUUAAUAACGUAGCCUAUAUUAGGAUCAAAGAAGAAGAAACAGAACUCGAACCCGAGAAACAACGAAAAGAAGAGGAGGAGGAAGAAGAAGAGGAAAAUUCUUGUAGCUCCGAGGUCGAGUUUCCCUUACAGGAAGAACCUUUACCUCAAAUCCUUACCGAUGAGAAACGGUCGAAUCGCUUGUUAAAGUUCAUCGCCAUUGGCAUCCCUUCAGCCAUUUUGGUCAUAGUUGCAAUUAAAUGGGUUGGACCCUUUGUGCUGAAAAAGGUGAUUGUCCCUGCUUUACAAUGGGAGGCCCAUGCAUUCAGCACAACCGAGAGAAUACUUGUAAUCGUAACUUCAUUAGCUCUAUUUCCAACUCUAUGUUUGCCAUCCACACCUUCAAUGUGGAUGGCUGGAAUGGCUUAUGGAUACAUUAAAGGGCUGCUAAUAGUCAUGACGGGGGUUUCUCUUGGUGUAUCAUUGCCUUUUUUUGUUGGUUCUAUGUUUCACACCAAAAUUCAACGACUAUUAGGGAAAUAUCCGAAGGAAGCUUCAAUACUAAGACUCGCAGGAGAAGGUAACUUGCUUCAUCAAUUUCGAACAGUGACGUUGAUUAGGAUCAGUCCAUUGCCGUACAUUAUGUUUAACUACGCCGCCGUGGCGACCAACGUCCACUACAUCCCGUAUAUGAUGGGGACAUGGAUGGGGAUGUUGCCUGAAGUUUUUAUUGCACUUUACAGUGGGAUUUUGAUACGAUCUUUUGCUGAGGCAACACAAGACAAAAGGAGUCUUACUCCAAGACAGAUAAUAUACAACGUCGUUGGAUUCUGUGCAUCUGUGACAGCAACGAUUUUCAUUGGCAUCCGUACCAAGAAGCGACUCGACCGGCUACAGGAGGAAGAAUUAGUUCAAGUGCAUGAGGAAGAGCCAGAGCCUGAGUAG